UCCUGCUUGGCCUGCUGGGCUGGCGCGGCUGUCUGAGCUCCGGUGGAAAUGGCUUGCGCGGCGGCGCGGUCUCCCGCCGAGCAGGACAGGUUUAUUUGUAUCUACCCUGCUUAUUUAAAUAAUAAGAAGACCAUAGCAGAGGGGAGGCGGAUUCCCAUAAAUAAGGCUGUAGAAAACCCCACUGCUACUGAGAUUCAAGACGUAUGCUCAGCAGCUGGACUGAAUGCAUCUCUGGAGAAAAACAAAAUGUACUCCAGAGAGUGGAACCGUGACGUUCAGUACAGAGGCAGAGUCCGCGUGCAGCUCAAGCAGGAAGAUGGCAGCCUCUGCCUUGUGCAGUUCCCAUCACGUAAAGCAGUGAUGCUCUAUGUAGCCGAGAUGAUUCCCAAGCUGAAAACAAGGACACAGAAGACAGGCGGCGCUGACCCGGGUCCUCAGCAAGGAGAGGGGAGUAAAAAAGGGAAAGGAAAGAAAAAGAAAUGAUGUCGUGUGAACGUGAAGCGCACAGCCCUACUGUGAGAGACGUGGGCGUCUUUGCAUCUGAGGGAACAGCGGUUUGUUUGUCAUUUAACUGAACUGUGAACAAGUGUGUCUCCCAUCUUCAUCAGCAGAGUUAACAAUGAAAUGAGUUUACAUCAAAAGUGUGCAUCUAGCUUUUAUACUGUAAAAAGGAAAGACUGUGUGUGUGGAAGAAAGAAGAAUAUUUUUUAACAGCUAAUGACUGUCCCAUAAGUUACUUGAAAUCCGUUAUCUGUUUGU